AUGGGCCUCCUGGCGUUGGGCACGGCUUUGGAAUGGCCGGACGCCAAAAAAAAGGCCGACCAAGUCAGGUCCUGGGGGAUCAAGCAACUUUUGGAAAUAUGGGAGAAGGCAAAAGGCAAAGAGAGAGAUGCUAUGCUCUGGGGUGAUGAGGUUGAAUACCUUGUCGUGGAUUACUCCCCGUCUAAGCCGAAGGUUCUUUUGUCACUUAGACAGGCCGAGAUUCUGGACGCACUUCAAGAGACCGAAGAUGCCUCUGGAAAUGAACAUACGGCGCCAGCAUUGCAGGAUGAGGAAUCGAAUGACGCUAAACCGAGACCGGUCUUUCAUCCCGAAUUCGGCCGAUUUAUGUUGGAAUCAACCCCUGGAAGGCCAUGGGGCAUUGGCUUCCGGGAACUCCUCCAGGUUGAGGCUGAUAUGAGACUACGAAGGAGCAUCGCAAAACAACACAUGCAUGAUGAUGAGUAUCCUAUUACCCUGACCACUUUCCCACGACUCGGGACACCUGGGCAGUUCACGCUUCCCUACUACCCCCCGUCCGGCCCGAAGCUCCGAUCUCAGUUUGUCCCCGAUGAAAUAGCAAACCCACACAUUAGAUUCCCAACGUUGGCCGCCAAUAUCCGAUCCCGUCGUGGGCGCAAGGUCCAGGUUAAUGUGCCAAUAUUCAAGGACAAAAAUGUCCCCGAACACUGGAUAGACCCCACUGUCAACUACAACCUUCAUAACUGGCCUGAGGACGACGAUGUACGGAAUGGUGCUGCACCCGAGAACUAUGUGCACAUGGAUGCUAUGGCCUUUGGCAUGGGGAGUUGCUGUCUGCAGAUAACCUUUCAGGCCAAAAAUAUCACGGAGGGGCGUCAGAUGUACGAUCAGCUCAGCCCACUAGGCCCUAUACUGCUAGCCUUGACAGCCGCCACACCCAUAUACAAAGGAUUUCUCGUUGACACAGAUGUACGGUGGAACCAGAUUAGCAAGUCUGUUGAUUGUAGGACGCCCGAAGAGCUCGGGGAAAAGCCCCUGGAACACGCUCGUUGGCGUAUUCCCAAGUCCCGCUAUGCGUCAAACUCUACGUAUAUCUCUACGGACCCCAGACUACGUCCUGAAUACUUAGACCCGGACCUUGUAGUCGAUGAAGAUAUCAAGGCGACACUGCUAGCGGGAGGUAUGGACAAUCGGCUGGCUACUCAUUUCGCCCACCUGUUCAUAAGGGAUCCGAUUGUCAUCUUCGAAGAAGAUCUCCAGGAACUCGACCUCACCAAAACAGAUCAUUUUGAAAAUCUCCAAUCCACUAACUGGCAGCAUAUGAGAUUUAAACCCCCACCGGCAGAUAAUAGCAUUGGUUGGCGCGUUGAAUUUCGUCCCAUGGAAAUUCAAAUCACCGACUUUGAAAAUGCAGCGUUUUCUGUGUUCAUGGUACUAGUCACCCGUGCGAUACUCUCCUUCGAUCUCAACUUUUACAUUCCCAUCAAGAGGGUGGAUGAGAAUAUGGAACGUGCCCACCGUCGAGAUGCUGUGUUGAGUGAAAAGUUCUUCUUCCGGAAGAACCCUUUCCCCCCCCGACCGUCGCGGGCUCCGUCCCGAACAAGAGGAGGCGAUGACGGGUUGGAAUCCGCGACUUCGAGCCUCCCGUCAACACGACCCCCUACGCCCGUUGGCCCAGUGGAGGAGGAAUACGAGGAGAUGACAAUCAACGAGAUAAUAAACGGCACCGCCGGAGGUUAUCCUGGCCUUAUCCCAAUCGUCGAAAGUUAUCUUGACAGCGUUAAUGUCGAUAUCAAGACACGGUGUGAACUUGAGACUUAUAUCGACCUCGUACGCCGCAGAGCAAGCGGUGAACUCUGCACGGCGGCUCGGUGGAUUCGGGACUUUGUAGAUAACCACAGGGGCUACGCACACGACAGUGUUGUCAGUGAUGAAGUUCAAAAGGAUCUUAUUGGGGCGGUCAUCGCAAUUGGUGCCAAGGAAGUGACCGGAGAAGGGUUAUCCGUAUCUGGUGUGCCUGGCUUGUCUAAACUGAUUGGCAAUUUCCGCUCUAGAUAG